AAUCCUCACAUUUUUUUUUUUACACAAACAUCGAAUCGACCGAAGCCGGUAUGGCGUUUGUUCCCGGUUUUCAGCAUCUUCAUUAAAUAAUUAUUUUACUUAUUCACGGUUAAAGACAAGAUAAAAAUAUAUUACUUCAUUAUAUUACAUACACAGAUAUAUUAAAUUUUUACCAUGAGUACAAUGGAUAUAAAUAAGUUGGAGAAUGAGGAUGAAAAGGGAACGCCGGAUAAAAAGCAAAUUGAAGCUGAAGAAAAGGAAAUAAUGUUGAAAUCUGACAAUGAAAAAAUGGACGCAAGUGCCGAACUUAAUGUGGACGCCGAAGGUCCCGUAAAAGCUGCCCUAUCAGGUGAUGUUACGGAGCAAGGUAGAGAAGUGAAACCAAAGUUUAUUCCCAUAGGAGCUAUUAAAAUGCCUGGAUUCUUCACAAAAAAUUUGGACAAAGAAAAACCGAAGGAAGAAGAAUCUGGCCUUGAAAAAGACAAUGAAAAUGAAAAGACUGAUGAUAUCUCUAAACCAAAACGUAAUCGGCUGCAGUUUCUUCACACUUGUCCAUUUACACAGUUUUUACAUAAACCAAAUAAUGACAGUGAUGGAAAUGUAGAAAACAAAAGAAGCUUUUUUAAUGUCAAAUAUCCAAAGGUAUUCCAAAGAAACAUGCCAAAUGCUGAAGCUACUCUUGCUUCUAUGGAAACAUUAGAAGAUAAACUUGAUACACCAAAUGAUGGAAUGGAAAAUGUUAAAUUAGAUAUGGCUGAGACUGAGGAAGGAAAAGUUGCAACUAAACUCCCACUGAAAGAACGAAUUCGCCAGAAAAAAUUUAUUAUUGAUGAUAUAGUGGUAUGUGCAUUAGUACUGCUAGUGCUGUUAGCUGCCAUCAUAGGUAUCAUUAUUGGAGCACAAGCUGGUCCUCCAACAGAGCGUCCAUUGCGGCUUGGACGCUAUAUGACCACUCUUACUACAUGUGGACCAGUAGAAGGAACUCUUGAUGAAGGUGUUUAUAAGUUCUACAAUAUCCCCUAUGCUGUACCACCAAUUAAGCAAAAAAGAUUCACAUAUGCCCAACCUCUGAAUAAUAUCACCAUGUGUUGGAAUGGUACCCGAGAAGCACAUGAACGUGGACCACUUUGCAUACAAUUUCUAGAGAAUGGCAAUAUCACUGGAGAGGAAGAUUGCUUGACUCUAGAUGUAGUCACACCUCACGUUCGUUACGAUUCUCAAUUACCUGUUGUUGUAUUGAUUGGAGCUAAUACAUUAGCUGGUGGCAUAAGUCCUGCGCAGCCUUCUGCAUUAUAUGCGCGUACCAAAGAAGUAGUAUUUGUAAAGCCAAACUUUAGACUGGGUCCAUUUGGCUUCUUGGCAUUGGAUAUUAUAUCAAAGUCUAAAUACCCCGAGACUUCAGGAAACUAUGCAAUUAGUGAUUUGUUGGUUGCAUUACAAUGGAUCAAGUAUAAUAUAAAACAUUUUGGUGGAGAUCCAGAAUCUGUCACUUUAUUGGGCCAUAGAGCUGGAGCCACUCUGACUGCAGCUUUGACUACUGUUACAAAUGCUCAUAAAUUGUACUCUAGAGUAUGGUUAUCUUCGCCUUCAGUCAUCUUUCCUGGCGAACCCUUGGAGCAAGCUCAUAAAAAUAAUGACCAGUUUAAACAAAUAAGCAAGUGUAACGAUAUUGAUUGUUUACGCAAUAUUUCUGCAAUGGAUAUCUUGUCAGACACUCCAGAUAUUUGGUUGGGUGGUAAUGGCGGUAUAUUACCAGUUGCUGAUGAAUUCAAACAUUCCUGGCUAGUACUAGAUGGCGAAUUGCUAAGACUUCAUGCCUAUGAAAGUUGGGAUGCUCAAAAAGAAGCCAAAGAAUCUGGUAAAGAUAAAGUAUUUAGGCCAAUGAUAUUUGGAACAACACAACAUUCAGACCACUCAAAACUCUUACGAAACAAACAUUUGAAUUGGACUACAGAAAUAGUCGAAAAAAUGGUAAAUGCUAGUAUCAUAGGUGAAAAGAAUUUGACAUUGUCUAUCUUCAAGCACUUCAAUAAAACAUAUGAAGGUCUAGUUGGAUUAAUAUCUUCUAUCCGUACCCUAUGCCCCCUUGUGAGCUUGGCUCGAAUGCGUCUUUCUGCACCUAUGUAUGUGGUUAUGGGUGAAGGUGCAGGUGGAGGUGCAGUUGGCUCUCGAUUAGCUGGCAUUAAUUCUGAUGUGGAAGCCAUUCUUGGUACAUUUGAUUCUGAGGGCCCUGAACAGCGGCGGUUUAUGGCAGCAAUGCAACAACUAUUUUAUUAUUAUGUAUGGCAUGGCAGGUUAAGUGGCCCUGAAACUGGCUUAAUUGCUGUAGCGCAAGAUUUGCUCCCACUUCAUGGACUUCCUGUUUGCGAUUUAUUAAUUCAUGAAGAUAUUGUGCCAAGGUAUGCACAUGUAGAUUAAAGUGAGUCAGUAUUAGGUGUAUGUAUAUUCAUGUGUAGCUUACAAAUCUAUGCUGGCGUCUUAAAGUAACAAUGAUUACAUUUUGCUUUACUAAAUCAGCUUGACAGGGUUUGUGUUAUAUGCUAAGUAGUUUAUAUUGAUUUGCUCAAACUUUUGUCCGACAUACUAAUUUAUAAGUAUUAAUUUGUGAUUUUUUCAGUGUAUCGUUAUUCUUUUACUUACCAAUUUAUUACAUACAAUGUUACUUAAAAAUAUAUAAUCAAAUCGAUUUAAAUAAAAAUUGAUAUAAUUACUAUUUUGUAAACAGUGUAGGCAAUAAAUUGGAUUUCAUAAUAGUUGAUAGUGUAGUGUACUUAUUAUACAGUAAAUAUAAUUGUUUUGUUGUUGUUUUGCACAGUCAUGUCUUCACUUUGUGUAUUUGCUUUUUUUUUCACAAAUGCAUAUCAUACCAAUGAUACAUAUAAUUUAGUCUCUAAGGUUAGAAUUUGUAUUAAUUGAGUACCUUUAUACUACAUUUAUUUUGCAUUAUACUGCUUAUAAGUCCAUUAAGACAACCUUAUUACCAAAAGCGGUCUAUAUUUAUAUUUUUUUUCUUUAGUUGUUAAUAUUUUUUUUUUGUGGGCCAUAAAUAAAUUUACUUUUGUAAAGACUGAAUACUUAAAGAUUUUGGAUACUUAUUUCAUGGUAUUUUAUAUAUUUUUACCGCACAUUCUACAUUAGUAAAAAGUAAGAAAAUUAUUUGGAAAAUUAUUAAAGACUGAAUUAUACCUAAAUAAAAUAGCAAAAUGUUACCAAAAACUCAAAAAAGAUUGUAGUUAAGUACUCUAGUAUUUUGAUUUGUAUUAUGGUACGUGGUUGUAAGGGACCUCAGUUGAAAUUAUAUUACCUGCAUUUAUAACUGUAAUAAUUAUCCUUUUGUACGUCUGAUAAGUGUUUAAUAAAAACAUUAUUUUAGUCCAAUAAGUAAGAAAAAUUUCCAUUCUUAAAGAUUCUCAUAGUUAUGUAAGGAUUUGUAGUUGUAAAUCAAUGUCCGUAUCUCAAGUUAAUUGUGAUUAUUUUAAGUCUGAUUACUUGUCAAAAAGUGAUGUUUGUGUAAACUAUUUCUAAUAUUUAUAGAAAGUAAGAAUAGUUUUGUCAUUUGUAUUAAUUAAAUGUUAAAUGUGGACACAUUAAUGUUAAAACUUGCAUAUUUCAAUGUAUAGUGCAUGUUAGAAAAAAUUAUAUUGGUUAAAGACAAGACAGGUCAUGACGACAGUUUUUCUUGCGGUAAUUCUGAGUUUACAAAAUAAAUUGUAAAAAAAUAGGUUCAAGCUUGUCUCAUUCUUCCGGGCUUCUUUAUUCAAUAGAGGAAUAAUAUCCAUUUAAAUUUUGUAUUUUUUUGUUAUUUUUGGAUUUGAUCCAAAUUUCCAAAGUCGAUUCAUCCCCAAUUAAACUGAAUAGUUACUGCGUCACAAUACCUUCUUAAGCGGCCUAAAUAUUAAAAGGGGAUGGGUUGUCGAGCUUAUAUUUUUGUAAAUGUUACAUCAAUCAUUACAAUGAUAUAAAAUCUUUUUUUUAUAUAAAAUGUAUGUUUAAUAUAAUGUGUUCACACUGUCUUGCCAAAAAUGCUUUAUGUAUUUUAAGUUAUUGCACUACUAGAUAUAGCUUUGCAUCGUUUUGUAAAUUGAUUUAAAUAAAUAAAUGUGAGACUGA